AGUCGGGUCAAACUUCCCCUACGCCCCCCACCAACUAGGACUACGUGCCGUUGUUUCUCCCACAGGCAGACAGUCGAACGUCGUGUUUCGCGGUAGUCGUGUGUACGUCGAGAGCGCGUCUGAUUAUCUGGAUUUAAAUCUAAACACUUUUUUGGGAUUAUUAUGCUUUUUAAGUGGAUAGUGCACAAUUAAAUCGAUCUUCUUUAUGUUUACCCACAAAUGCUGGGUUAUACUUCCUACAGGGAUUGGACAGGACCGGGUGCUGGGGCCCAACAACAGUUGUCGGUCGUGACCACGGUGUGGGGAGUGAGUACCACGACGCAGUCGGGCCCCCACGGGGGCGCCUACACGGGCGGCCCGACGCCCACAGCGAACUCCAACUAUAUAGGAGGACAAGGAAAAGUACAACAAGGCGCUUACCAAGGAGGAUACAGACAAGUCGUACCCCCAGGUAUCGGCGGUUAUGGUUCAAAUAAUGUUAUGAAUGGCGGGGAUCAAGGUUACGGGAACGGAAACGCGUUGAGUACGGCAGCUAUGGUAGCCGCCGCCGCCACGGCCACGGCGACCGCCACCGCCAGCGUAGUCGCCUUACAAGAUAAUUCGCAAUUCAACAACCAGCAAUACCAACAGAAUUACCAACAACGCAUGAUGGGCAUUAACGGAAUGAAUCAAUUCCAAAAUAUGAACAUGGGAGGCAUCCACAACAACAUGAUGACAAAUAUGGGACCUAAAAUGGGAAUGCAGGGUCCAGGUCCCGGACCUAAUGCCACUUCGAUGUAUCCCAGACGGAUGACGCCGUAUCCUUCGCCGGCGGCGAUGCACAUGACGCAAAAAAGGGCGACGCCGCAAACUUAUUCCAAUAAUUGCCCGACGAUGAAUCCCAACAUCGCCGCCGGUAUGAACCCCAAUUUCAACCCGAACGGUCAAUACCCUUACAACAGCGCGCGGCAGCCCAAUUUCAACCAAUACCCGUCGCAACAAACCCUCGGACCGUCGAACAACUUCGGUCCGGGCAACAUGAUGUCGAUGGGUAAUCCGAGGCAGCUGCGGCAGGCGACGCCGCCCUACACUAACCAAGGACAGUAUUUCAAUAACGGUACCAUCGGUCAAUUCCCUUCGAGCAAUUCUGGUCAGUACAACAUGAACGGCGCCGGAGCCGGUUCUAAUACUCAAUACGGUAACACGAAUUCGGCGCAGUUUCAACAAGACGUAUCGAUGAGGAACAACAUGAGUUACCAACAUAGUCCCAUUCCGGGUAAUCCCACGCCGCCUCUGACGCCCGCCAGCAGUAUGCCGCCGUACAUUAGUCCCAAUCCGGACGUUAAGCCCAAUUUUAACGACCUCAAACCACCGUUGCCGGUACCAAACGACGAGCUACGAUUGACUUUCCCCGUAAGAGACGGAAUCAUACUACCCCCCUUCAGAUUGGAACAUAAUUUGGCGGUGAGUAAUCACGUGUUCCAAUUAAAACCGACCGUACAUCAAACUCUGAUGUGGCGACAAGACCUGGAAUUGCAAUUGAAGUGUUUCCAUCACGAAGACCGACAGAUGAACACCAAUUGGCCGGCGUCGGUGCAAGUUUCGGUGAACGCCACGCCCCUGAUGAUCGAUAGAGGCGAAAACAAAACUUCCCACAAGCCCCUGUAUCUGAAAGACGUCUGCCAACCCGGUAGGAACACCAUACAGAUCACGGUGUCGGCUUGUUGUUGCUCGCAUUUGUUCGUCCUUCAAUUGGUUCACCGACCGAGCGUUCGAUCCGUGCUGCAAGGUUUGCUCAGGAAACGUCUCCUUACCGCGGAUCAUUGCAUAGCGAAGAUCAAGAGGAAUUUCAACAAUACCGGCAGUUCGAACGGCGCCGGUACCGGCGAUAGAGACGCCGUCGAACAGACCGCGUUGAAGGUUUCGGUCAAAUGCCCCAUCACUUUCAAGAGGAUCACUUUACCUGCCAGGGGACACGAAUGCAAACAUAUUCAGUGCUUCGAUUUGGAAUCGUAUCUGCAGUUGAAUUGCGAAAGGGGAGCUUGGAGGUGUCCCGUUUGCAACAAACCGGCCCAAUUGGAGGGUUUGGAAGUGGAUCAGUACAUGUGGGGUAUUUUGAACACGUUGAACACCUCGGACGUCGAAGAAGUCACAAUAGACAGUUCGGCGAACUGGAAAGCUGCCAAAGGAAACGUCCCCGGAAUCAAAAUGGAAGACGAAGGUACGGACUCCUGCAGCGGCGGUAAACGUAAUAAGGCCAUGUCGCCCGGCAGCAUGACAUUACCGACGAUGAACAAUUGGGAUAUGCAGGCGAUGUCGCCCUAUUUACCGCCAGAUAUGAACAGCAUCGCCAGCGGAUCGAUGAUGAACGGCGGCCCGCCCUCUUACAACAAUUCCUAUUCUAAUAGUAACGAUUAUUUGGGCGCCAACGGCCCUUUGUCCCAUCUAAGCGAAUCCGUCAAUUCCCUUGAUCCCCUCAACGCCAUGGAGAAGAGUCUCAACGAACAGAUGCCUCACACACCUCACACUCCUCAUACGCCACACACGCCGCACACUCCCGGAGGAGGUACGCCGGGAUCGGCGCACACCCCUGGAGGCGGUACCGGUCCGCCGAGCGUACCUCCUGCGACGUCGGACGCUCACAACACAAGUAACGGUUCCAAUAACGGAAAUCCGGCUUCGGUACCUGGCACCAAUACCGACACCUCAGUACCGGACAUCCCUUCGGAUCUUAAUUUCGAUCCGGCGGCCGUCAUCGACGGGGAAGGCACCGGACAAGAAGCCCUUAACUUAUUACCGGAUAGCGUGGAUCCCAUGGAACUUUUAUCCUAUUUGGAUCCUCCGGAUUUGAAUACGCCGCCAUCUAGCGGCAGCAGUUCGGGUCCGGCGAAUACGUCGACUAACGACGACAUAUUGGCCUUGUUCGAAUGAGCCUACAAUCGUGUAUUUUUCUCUCUACCCCCGUAUUUCUCUCACCGCGCUUCGAGACUAUACAGUGUGAGUGAAAAUUGUGUGAUAAACCGUUUAAAUGACGAUUUUAGGAUCGCGCGUUAAUAUUUUGAAAAAAGAAAAGGUCUAAAAUCAAAUUUUUUUUGUAUAUAUGGCGGUGAAAAAAAUUUUUUUCUAUUGGUUACUUUUGUUUGCCGGAAUUAUUUUUUAUUUUUGGAAAAUGUCUCUUUAAACAGCUCUCUGUAUUGGUGAAUUUUCAUAAAUACUUUCGGGGGGGCUCGAAUUUUUUAUAAACUGAUUGAGGGAAUUUGGAAAUUAUUAUACGGGACGUCCCCAAAUAACACAAUUAGUUUAAUCAACUUGUUCACUUGAUUUAAAUCUGUUACGAGAUAAACUGAUCAUAAUAUGAAUACAGAAUGUGGAAAAUGAGUCAAAACUGUGGAUUCAACACACCCCGAACAAUAAUCCUCCAUUUUAAUUGAUUAAUUGGGGUUAGAAGUGGGUAAUACUGUGGAUGGAGUCAGAUUUAACUGGCAGUCAUUUUGCUAUUGAGAAAAAUCGGGUUUUUUUUGGAAAAUACACAUACAGGAAGCAAAAAAUGAGUCAAAACUGUGGAUUCAACACACCCCGAACAAUAAUCCUCCAUUUUAAUUGAUUAAUUGGGGUUAGAAGUGGGUAAUACUGUGGAUGGAGUCUGAUUUAACUGGCAGUCAUUUUUCUAUAAGAAAAAUCGUUUUUUUUUUGGAAAAUACACAUACAGGAAGCAAAAAAUGAGUCAAAACUGUGGAUUCAACACACCCCGAACAAUAAUCCUCCAUUUUAAUUGAUUAAUUGGGGUUAGAAGUGGGUAAUACUGUGGAUGGAGUCUGAUUUAACUGGCAGUCAUUUUUCUAUAAGAAAAAUCGUUUUUUUUUUUGGAAAAUACACAUACAGGAAGCAAAAAAUGAGUCAAAACUGUGGAUUCAACACACCCCGAACAAUAAUCCUCCAUUUUAAUUGAUUAAUUGGGGUUAGAAGUGGGUAAUACUGUGGAUGGAGUCUGAUUUAACUGGCAGUCAUUUUUCUAUAAGAAAAAUCGUUUUUUUUUUUGGAAAAUACACAUACAGGAAGCAAAAAAUGAGUCAAAACUGUGGAUUCAACACACCCCGAACAAUAAUCCUCCAUUUUAAUUGAUUAAUUGGGGUUAGAAGUGGGUAAUACUGUGGAUAGAGUCUGAUUUAACUGGCAGUAAUUCUUCUAUGAGGUAAAUCGAUUCUUACUGGAAAAUAUACAUACAGGAUGUGGAAAAUGAGUCAAAACUAUGGAUACAAGAUACUGUGGACAAUUAUCUUCCAUUUUAUUUUGUUUAUUGGGGUAUGAAGUGGGCAAUACUGUGGACAGAGCUUGGUAUGAGCCAUAGUGGGUUUCCCAUUACAAAAUGUGUGCCCAAAAAAAAUUCUCUAAGAAUAUUGAUACAAAAUAUAAAAUUUUAUAAUACAGGGCGAUCCUAAUAUCGAUAUAUAAUCAAAAAUAUACAUACAGGAUAUACAAAAACCAUCAAAAUUAUCGAUUUACUCCAUACAACGUAACAUUUCGUACCACAUUCGACUAAUAGGUGCUAAAUCUGGUGAAUACGUUGGACAGAGAACGAAAUUUCGAGAAACUGGGCGUCAAAAAACAGUAUACGGGAUGUCUCGUAAGUUUUACUUAAUUUUAAACAAGUUUAUCUAUGUAUUUCGAUUUUUUUACGAUUUUGAGUUGACAGAAAAUUAAAUUUUUGGGCGUUUUUACGAAAAACAACCAACAGUUAACCAAUAGAAAAAAAAUGUCGACGAAUAAUUAAAUUAUAACGGCCAGUUUUAAUAUAUAAAUAUAUAUAUAUAUGGAUAGUAUUAAUGAUUUUUAAAAAAAGAAGAAGAAACGCGAGAAAUAUAAAUAUACUUAAAAAAUGAGUAGAAAAAUUUGAAACCAAAAUUUAGGUACCUAUUUUAGGGACUCCUUUGCAUCUCUGUGUGCAUUAUUAUGCUUAACAAGUAUUAUUAUUAUUAUUAUACUAUAAACAAUUCUGUGAACCUUUUAUAACACGUCAGACAUGACACUUUCGAGGGACAACCCGUAUAGAUGCGGUAGCGUGCGACGUUUUCGAUACCCGAGCGGUUUAAAAAAAUGUAUCGCUUAGAACCGUCUUCAGUAUUUUUAUUAUUUUGAAUUGCGGGUCAAACUGUAUAAUAAAUUUUCUAAAAUGAAUUCUAAUUGUAUUUAUCGUGUGAAACUGGUCUUAUAAAAAUUCUAAGCCCACAACUAUAGGACAACCUGUAUAGUACAAUUUCGAAAAAAUUUCUAAAUUUGUUUAUCGUGUGAAACUGACUUUAUAAAUUCACUUUUUCAACAUUUCUCAUUGUUUUACGUCGAAUUUUAAAUUUAGGGACAACCUGUAUAGUAAAUUUUCUAAAACGAAUUUUGUUUAUCGUGUGAAACUGGCUUUACAUCGAAAAUCAAAAUUUGGGACAACCUUCAUUUAUUUUUUAAUUCUAAAUUCAUUUAUUGUGUGAAACUAACUUUUUGAUUGUUUUACUGCACACUUUAGGACAAUCUGUAUAGUAAAUUUUCUAGAACGAAUUCUAAUUUUGUUCAUCGUGUGAAACUGGCCUUACAUUUUUCAUUUUAAAUGUUCCUUAGUGUUUUACAUCGAAAAUCAAAAUUUGGGACAACCUGUAUAAACAUUUUUUCAAAAUUAUAUAUUCAUUUAUCGUGUAAAACUGCAUUUACAAAUUCACGUUUUGAUUGUUUUUUUACGUCGAAUUUCACACUUUGGGACAAUCUGUAUAGCAAAUUUUCUAGAACGUAUUCUAGUUUUGUUUAUCGUUUGAAACUGGCCUUUUGACAGUUCUUUAACUUCAAUAAAAAAUUUCAGAGACAAUCUUUAUAGUUAGUUGAAUAUUUUCUAUAAUUAUAUAUUACAAAUUUUAUUUCAUAUUGCGAUAUUUUAUAACGAAAACUGAGACAAUCUAUAUAGUUAAUUUUUAAAACUCAAAUUGUUCUAUAGUUUUAUGAUAUUUAAAUUCUAUUCGUAUAUUUUGAUAACAAAUAUUGGAACAAACUGUAUAGUUAAUUUUUAACAUUUUAAAUUUUGAUGGCUACUUUUCAAAAAAUUCUCAAAAAAAACUUUUACAUACUUCAAUUUUGGAGACAUACUAUAUAUAUUUUCUCAAUUAAAACAUUAAUUUAUUUUUGACGACAUACCUAAAGAUUAUUUUUUUAUAUUAAUAAUCAGUUAAUUAAGUAAAAUUUAAAAUUAAAAAAAAAAUAACUAUACAGGUUGUAUCAAUAUUUGUUAUUCGAAUAAAUUAUUUUCGUCUAUCAUUCAUUUGCUUUCAUUGGAAAAUUUUCAUUUGUCACGAGAUUUGUAUCGAAAACUUCGCACCUAACUAUAUAUUAUGUUAUACAGUAUGUAUUAAGAAAAAAAUACACACAAAUACCACAUAUAAUAUUUUUUAAAAUAAGAACUCUGACAAGACUGUGAUAUAAAGUUUAAUUAUAAGUAAUUUUAACAUAUUCAAUUAUUGUAUAUUAAAUUUAGCUAAAACAAAAAAUAUUAUGUUAUAUAGUGGACUUUGUGUAAAUUUUCCUUUAAAUAAAAAAAUAAUUCGAUGUGAUAGAAAAUAUAUUUUGGUGAAAAAAAACUAUACGAGGCGUUUUAUUUAUUUAUCAUUUAGAAUGGUUUAACGUUGUUUUUGACUUAGAUAAAACAACGUCUAACCCUGUAUAAUAUAUUUAUACCUUAAACGUGUCUGUCUGUAUUAUUUUAUCUGAUGUAGGGUCCAAGUUCCUAACAUAUAAUAAUUUUAAAUUAAAAAAAAAUUAAUAUAAAUAAAUAAAUAUUUAUAUAUAUAUAAAUAUACGAGGUUCACACGAAUUUUUAUACGUCUGAUUGCCAAGAAAUUAAUUCUAAAGAUAAAAACAAAAAACUUAGACGAGGGAAAUAUAUGUCGAUAUUCUGUGUAUAUUAUAAUGUAGAAAAGAAAAAUAUUUAUUUGACACGAUUUAAAUGAAAACACUACAAUCGCUUCCAUUUGUAAAAUAAUGCCAAUAAUUUACCCCGAGGGUGAGAAAAAAAUAAUAGUUGAUAUUGGACCAAUUGUCUCUACCAACUCACCAUUUCAAGAAAUUGAAGAAUUGUUUAGGCGUCAGAAUUGAUAAAACAUUAUACUCUCUCUAUCCCUUUUAACUUGUUACCACGAUUUAUUUGUCUCUAAGCCUACCCUGACUCACUCACAAUUCCAUUUUUAGUGAUUAAAGACUCAUUUAAGCUCCAAAGUUCAAAAUUCAGUUCAAUUUGAUCAAAUUGAAAUUUGUUUUACGAAAUCCAAUUAUCCCUACACCAACACUGACUUACAACCCCACUUUGAUCACAAAAUUUCGUUUUUUGUGAUGAAACACUCAUUCAGGAUCCAAAAUUUGAAAUUUAGUGUAGAUUCAUUAAAAUUUUAUUAAAUUGAACUUGUUUUACAAGAUCCAAUUGUCUCUACAUCAACACUGACUACAACCCCACCAUUUACUCACGUUUUGAUCACAAAAUUUCGUUAUUAAUGAUCAAAGACUCAUUUAGGCUCCAAAGUUUGAGAUUCAGUUAGAUUUGAUUUAAUUUAAGCUUGUUCCUCGAAAUCCAAUCUCUCCGACUUACAAGCCCACCCUGAUUCACGUUUUCACACCAAAAUAUCAUUUUCAGUGGUUAAAAGCUGAUUUGACUAUAAAAAUUGAAACUUUAAUUAAUUUGAGCAAGAUUUCAGAUUAUAAAGAAGAUUCAUUUUUGGCUCAAUUCUCAAAAAUAUACGUGAAUUUUAUUAAUUUUGUAAUAACAGAUGAACACAACUGUACUUAACAAUAAUAGAAUUGUCUAGAACAAUAUAACUUACCCUAAUUAUUCAAACAUAUCUGAAAAGUAUUAAAAAAUUUCACUAAAUAGACUUAAAAAACUAGAAUUUUAAAAGAACACAGCACGAAACACAAUCACUAAAUUGAAACUUUGAGAUGAAUACACUAACACUUUCCAUUCACAACACUCUGUCGUCCAUUUUAUUUUCACUGAUAUAUACUCCGUUAGUAACAGGUAACCAAAUUAAAAUUAAGUGCUUAUGAUAUGCAAUUAUCAUGUUUCUUAUAGUUUCUUGAGCAAAAUAAAAAAAAUUUUUCAAUAAAAUUCAUAAGCAAAUCAAUUUUUGCCUUUUUUUUGUUAUUUUCAAUAACUUUUACACGACGCAGUGGUUUUUGUAACGUUCUAGUAAAAACUCGAUCUACUAGUUCAUCGAUCUCGCUGCAUUCUAUUGAUUCUAUUAAAAUAUAUUCGUCACUUCCGAUAUCCAAUACCAACAUUGAUUUUACUUUCCACAGAGAUAAAAAAAUACCUUGAGUUUUUUAUUAUAAAAGUUAAAAAUAUAAAAACAAAUUUAAACUAAAUCAUAAAAAACGAUCAUUUGUUCGUCUUAUUUGUAAAAAAAGUAAGAUUAUAAAUUUUGUUUAUGGAAAUGUCAGUUUAACUAGUUCGUGACUGAAUAACUCUAAUAACUAAGACUUUACUAAUUCUAAUAAGAAGAGGAUAUAAAGGAAAUGAUUCUAUUUUUAUAAAAAACAAUAAAUGUUAUUUUAUAUUUAAGAGACAAUUGGUAAAUUAUACCUUCUAUUAUCUCGAAUAUAUUUGAAUUUAAAAUCAAAGUCUUUUAUAUUAUCGAAUAACUUUUUUUCCCAUGUUUAUUAUUACUUUCAGAAUUAUAUUUUUUAAUUUUUAUAACGGUGUUAUUUUGAUAUGAAAAUAAAAAAAAUUGAUAAUUAUUGGCAUUUUUCAUUUAAUUUUUGUAUGAAACAAAUAUAAAUAAUAGAUUAAAUUAUUCAGUAGAAAUUAUAUACUACGUAUGAUUUUGCUGAUGUAAAUAAAAUUGUACAUUUCAAUAAGAUCAUGUC